CUUCUUCCCACAUGAGGAAACAUCGCAACGUAAACCGAUUCCGUGGAGCAUUAGAAACAAAAGUCGUACCCCACCUGCGGCGGAGAAAGAAGAUCGCAGAAAUCGAGCGGAGGGUUUCGAGGCUCCGUCUCCGUUCUCUCUCUCAGCCGGUCGCUGCGAAGUGGAGCUAGGGUUUGGUCCGACCCUCCAGGUUCAACUGGCUUGAAAUUACAAUGGCUAUGAUCGAUGAGCCACUCUAUCCAAUCGCUAUCUUGAUAGACGAGUUGAAAAAUGAAGACAUUCAGCUGCGCUUAAAUUCCAUUCGCAGGUUAUCUACCAUUGCAAGGGCUCUUGGUGAAGAAAGAACUAGAAAAGAAUUGAUUCCUUUUCUUUGUGAAAAUAAUGAUGAUGAUGACGAAGUGCUUCUUGCCAUGGCUGAGGAGUUGGGCGUGUUCAUUCCAUACGUUGGUGGGAUACAACAUGCUCAUGUCUUGCUCCCUCCACUGGAAACUUUAUGUACUGUGGAAGAAACUUGUGUUAGGGACAAGGCUGUUGAAUCUCUUUGUCGGAUUGGAGCUCAGAUGAAGGAAAGUGAUUUGGUAGAGUGGUUCAUUCCCUUAGUAAAGAGAUUAGCAGCAGGUGAGUGGUUUACUGCUAGGGUCUCAUCUUGCGGACUGUUUCAUAUUGCUUAUCCAAGUGCAACAGAGCUGUUGAAGGCAGAGCUGAGGUCUAUGUAUGGGCACUUGUGUCAAGAUGAUAUGCCUAUGGUUAGGAGGUCUGCUGCAUCAAAUCUUGGGAAAUUUGCUGCUACAGUUGAACCAAACACUCUAAAGACAGAUGUCAUGUCUAUAUUUGAUGAUUUAACACUGGAUG